AUUCUGUGUGUUCCUUAUGCACCUAUGGAGGAUCAACAAUUUCCUAAGAUGGAAACUUCCCUCCAGAAAGAAUUCAUCCCUACUUAUUUUCAAGAAAAUUCAGAUGUGACCCGAAUUAUCAACAGUUGGGAGGGUCGUAACGGCCUAAUUACUUGUCACGCUGGAGGUAGUAGCGGAUCAAGAUCUUCAUCAUCAACAACAACUUCACCACCUUCACUAACCAAUGCCUCAAGAUUCCCUAACCUAAGCCUGCUUUUGGCUGAACCAGAGGGUGCAACCAGUAAGCAAAACCUGCCAAACCACCACCUUACCAAAGGCUCGGGUGACUACUGGCUGGGGACAAUGAAAACACAGCCAAUGAAGUAUACAGGGAAGCGAAUUGCCGAUACUACCAUCAGAAACACUUGUGUUUGUUCAUCAAACAAGCUGUUUAGAGGGGUAAGGCAGAGGCAUUGGGGGAAAUGGGUUGCAGAAAUCCGGUUACCAAGAAACCGGACUCGUGUUUGGCUUGGGACGUUUGAAACAGCAGAAGAAGCCGCUUUUGCGUAUGACACGGCUGCUUAUUUGCUAAGGGGUGAUUAUGCACAUCUAAAUUUUCCUAAUAUGAAGAACCAACUAGUGGCUAAUUCAGUAAAUGGCCACACUGCAGCUCUUCUUGAAGCAAAGUUAAAGGCUUUAUCAUCUCAUAAGAAAUCACCAGCCGACCAGGAAAUCACUCUAUCGGAAAGUUUAGUGACUGAAAAGUAUACGGGUUGUGACUUUGGAAAUGGAGAAAACAAGAAGCCGGUAGCAGCGGAAUCCGAUGACAUAGAAGGGGUUCGGUUGAGUCGAAUGCCAUCUUUGGACAUGGAUAUGAUCUGGGAUGCUCUUCUUGUAGAACAACCGACUUGAACAUAACACCGAAUUCGGCGGUUUGGGUGUAGUCUAAAGGGGCUCGAGUAAAUUUCAGGUCAGAAUUCCUAAACAUGGUUAGCUAAAUGGGUCACGGGUCAGCUUUGACUUACCAGCUGACAAGCACGACCCAUUUCAUAGAGGUGUGGAUUCAUAAUAUAUCUUCUUUUGUCAAAAAUGUUGCAUUUUCGCUUUCUUUAUUAUUUUUAAUUAUUGAUUACAAGUUUUGGUUUUGGUA